AUGGAGGACAAGAUUUAUUUAUUCUUUAUAUUACUUUCAAAUACAGUGUUCUGUCAAUUUGCUGAUAAUGUGGCCUUCACUUUGGGGCAGACCAAGCACCUAUACCUCAGCCAUGGAGAACAGAUAGCCUAUAACAAAGUCAUUACAAACAAAUCAGCCACGUUUGAUCCUCAGGGUUCCUUUAUAUGUAGAAAACCAGGAAUUUAUGCCUUUCACUUUUUCUCCUUAGCACAUACCCAAAGUAAGAUUUGGAUAGAACUCUAUAAGAACACUAACUAUAUCUGUUCUGUGUAUGGGUAUACCUCACACGGUUAUGCAGAUGCUGGAAAUUCUGUUCUGCUUCAUUUGAAUUUAAAUGAUCACGUGAGUAUCCGAACUCACCAAUCAUAUAACACGACACUCUUUGGAACGGAUGAUGAAAUUUACACCACAUUCAGUGGAAUAUUACUUUCUUCAGACUUAUUCGAACAUGCCUAUGAGGAUGUGACUUUCUCUAUGGGAAUUGAUCAUCAUUUUCAUGCAACUAACGGAGAAAUUGUCAAGUAUAACAAACUCAUCGUUGAAAGUGAUGCAUACAAUCCACUUACGGGUGUAUUUACGGCUCCGGAGGAUGGAACAUACAUUUUUCACUAUCAUGGGCUAGCUCAAAAUAAUCAGUUGAUAUGGUUAGAGCUGUACCACAACAAGGACUAUGUAAAUGCUGCGUAUGGUCACACGGUAUCUGGUUUUGCUGAUGCUGGUAAUACUGCAAUACUGCACCUUCGUUCAGGUGACCAUGUGUAUAUUAAGACUAGAAAUAACAGAGCGGUUGACCUUUUUGGAACACCAAACGAAGUCUACGCCACUUUCUCAGGGAUUUUGUUAGCACCUAUAACCCACGAUUCCGAUGAUUCCCAGUCAGAAACAUCAUUUUCUGCUGGCCUUUCCCACCAUUUUUCGGGAACCACUCUCAUUUUUGACCGAAUUUUCUCAAACCGCGGAGGAGGAUACAGCCCAGCCACGGGUUAUUUCACCGCAAGAGAGAGUGGUAUUUAUGUGUUUCAUUUCCACGCCCUGUCCCGUUCUGAUGCUAAAGUCUGGGCGGAGUUAUACCAUAAUUAUCACUAUAUCGACUCUUUGUAUGGUAGAUCUAAUGGAGAGUUUGCCGCCGGAAGUAAUGCUGCAGUUUUAGAUCUGGUGUCUGGUGACACCGUCUUUUUAAAAUCUAGACAGUCUACUAACUCUUACUUUGGGGCGCCAGAUGAAGUAUACUGUACUUUUUCUGGUUACAAAAUAAACUUGGAAGAACAGAUAACUAUUGGCAAUCCAGGUCAAAUAAUUGGUUAAUUGCAAUAAAACGU